AUGGAUGCCGAUGAUGAUGAUGACGACGAUGCUGGUAUAUUUAGCAUCGCCAAUGACAGCCAGAGUGAGUACGAUGACACCCUCACUGGUGACGACAACGUUCUUUUAGCUGUGCACACGAAGCGCACUGCUGUUGACAAGGAUGAGUCAGCAGAGGAAUUUCUGCUAACUCGCGAAGCGGUUGUCCGCUUCGCUCAAGACUCUAUUGCAGAUGCACUAGACAGACAGAAAAGAAACGCAGACAAACAUGGAAGAGCAAAUGUUCUUUCAUUUGAUGAAGGAGACUCAGUUUUACUGUCUACAGUAAUUCUACCAAAAACACGCAGGACAAACAUGGGCAGCAGUAAACUAGUGCCCAAGUACAUCGGUCCAUUUCGUGUGUUGCGCCGAAUGGGCAACGCAUACACGAUUGAACUGCCCCGUAAGAUGCGUACGCAUCCUACGUAUUACGGUGGCCGUCUCCGCCCGUACUAUCAGUACGAGCCCGUUUCGGGAUGCGAAGAACACCUCCGCGGUCGAGAGCCGAGACCACCCUCGAGUGGUCCCGUUUCAACGAGCUGGUCUGGUCGACUAGCGAAGCGACCUGAUCACGCAGUUGAGCCAUGCCUCGACGAGCUGCAGCCAGCUCGUCACGAGAGAACGAGUCGAGGGUUCGUUUUCAAGCUGCGCGAACGCAAAAGCGUCACGAUCGUCCGAACAAUCGUGCGUUAG